AUGGAAAAAGACAUGAUUCAUCCUGCUUCAAGUAUUAUAAGUAUGAGAAACAACAGCGUUGUUCACAUCGACGGAGAACAAGUGAAUAGCACUGACAUUGGCGGUGGUUGGCAGCUUGCCUGGAAGUGGCCAGAAAAAGAUGUUGAAGAUGGGAAGACGAAAGAAGGGUUCAGAAGAAUCUAUUUACACCAAGAGAAUGGUGUCGGAGCUCACCGUGGGUCACACAUUUCACUCGCAGGUGCCGAUAUGCCGGCGGAUGGCGAGUCCUUUCAGGCCGCCGCCCUGGUGAGCCAGCCUGCACUAUACUCUAAAGACCUCAUGGACCAGAACCCGGUCGGACCGGCCAUGCUUCAUCCGGCUGAAGCUGCAACCAAAGGCAUAAACUGGUCUGAUCUUUCUGAACCGGGAGUCAAGCAUGCAUUGUUUGUUGGAAUCGGUCUUCAAAUACUUCAACAGUUCUCUGGCAUUAGUGGAGUUCUUUACUACACGCCUCAGAUCCUUGAAGAAGCAGGGGUUGGUGUUCUUUUAUCAAAUUGGGGGAUUAGUUCAAUUUCUUCAUCUCUUCUCAUUAGCAACAUCUCAACUUUGUUGAUGCUCCCUUGUAUCGCUGUCGCCAUGAGACUCAUGGAUAUAUCUGGAAGAAGGAGUCUGCUGUUAACGACUAUUCCAGUAUUGAUUCUGAGUCUCAUAAUUUUGGUAAUCGGAGGUUUGAUAGACUUCGGGAGUGUUGCAAAUGCAGCGAUUUCAACUGCUGGUGUUGUGAUCUAUUUCUGUUGUUUCGUGAUGGGAUUUGGUCCGAUUCCCAAUAUAUUAUGUUCAGAGAUUUUUCCUACCAGAGUUCGUGGGAUCUGUAUAGCCAUUUGUGCCCUCACUUUCUGGAUCUGUGACAUCAUUGUGACGUAUUCUCUGCCAUUGUUGCUUACUUCUGUUGGUUUGCCUGGUGUUUUUUCGAUGUAUGCUGUUGUGUGCAUCAUAUCGUGGGUGUUUGUUUUCUUGAAAGUGCCGGAAACGAAGGGUAUGCCAUUGGAAGUGAUCACAGAGUUCUUCUCAGUUGGUGCAAAACACAAAAAUUGA